CCUCACUACAUGAGGGUCCAUCUCGCUGGCGGAGGCUGCAGUGUGAGUCAGACCCUCGCAGAGAACACAGUGAUUGCCUCGUGACGUCAUGAAGUUGGUAGUGCUCAUGUUGAUAACCAGUCUCCUAGGCAACUUCUGCAUCGCGAAGCAAUCGGAAGAAACUUCGUCCCUGAUUUGGAACAACGCGGACCGCGGGAAUCCGCCUUCGCCGCCCCUCAAACUGGACCCCGCGCUCAGACGCGCCUUGCUCCGCGCUCUAACGCAGCUGGAACUCGAGGCGCAGAGUAAAUCAGCCGGAGCGGACCCCACAGGAAACACCACCCCUCCAGGUGAAGGCUCCGGGAGCGACGAGCAGGAGGCCAACAUAAAACGUGACCUCGAGGAAUUGUUAGGAAACUACGAGAACGGCUUUCAGCCCCCGAAGGAACCGCAGCCUCCAGACACACCCAAGGACAACAACGAAAUGAUUGUGUUAGACGAACAAAACUCACAGCCAGCUGACGACGUCAGCGUAAUCGACUACGAUGUCCCCGACGACAAGACACAGCCGCCCGAAGACUUACAACGACACGAGACGGCGUCUUUCUUAGAGAAACCACAGGACAGCGCCAUAUUCUUCCAAGAUCAGCAAAGGGAAUCACAGAAGACGACCAUCGCUGAAGAGAAACCAGAGACGGAUGUCUCGACGCCGAUUGACAUUCAAACAAACAUCAUACCCUCAAGUACACAAGUGACGGGCACUGACAUAACUAGCAAUACUGGAAGAAGGGAAAGUGACCAGGACUCCAACGCCGUAGAGACGUCCUCGACGAGCAAAAACGCUGUCGUCAAGAGCACCGACCCGACGCUUGCCAAUGGCGUCACAAAACUCGAUCUCGAUGACCAAGACGUCUCUAUAUUCCAGGCUCCACUCGUGGCUGCAUUUACGCUACAGCAAGACGAGAAGGGUAAUCCGAAACGCGUUGUGCCUCUUCUCCGGCGGCCACAGUCACCUCUGGUAACACCACGGCAGCGUCUGCCAUUGUCUCGAGAACAAGAGUUAGAACAAAAAACUCGUCUCUUAGAACAACAGCUGAUUCAGCUGCAACAACAACAACACUUCCAACAACAGCAGCAGUUCCAACAACAUCAACAACAGCUCUUGAAGCAACAGCAACUCCUACAGCAGGAACAGUUGAGGCAGAGACAGCAGCAGCUGUUCCUGGAAGAACAACAGAGGUUGAGGCUCCAACAACAGUCCUUCCUUCCCUUAGGGCCACCGCCAUCACCACAGCGGCAAAGACCUCAAAGGCAGGAGACUGGCACCGGAAUAGUGGAUUUUCAGCAAAGCGUUGGUUUCCAGUACAGACAGCAGCCGAACACCCCCUUCCCGCAACAGUUCGUCCCGAACACAUUCCAGCAGGGUUCCAACCCGGCGACGACGGACUUCGUAUUUAAAAACCAGAACACCUUGAGGCAGAGUGUUCAUCCGCCGUCCGUGAACAGCCAACUUCAAAACCUUCUGUACCAGUCGGGUGUCGCCGGGGACCUGCAGAACAACGGAGCGUCGCCUCAAGAAGAUCUCAACAUUGUGUCCAAAAUUCUCUCCCUCAACCACGAAGGAAGAGCGAACAGACCUGGCAGGGAGACGCUUGAACCACCGUCCAGAAUAAUCAGACCGCCAUUUCCAUAA